GGAAAGUUGAUGAAAGUUUGCUGACUUUCCCACCUAUAUAAAUUCAAACCCUUCUGUUUUCCUCAGGCAUUCUCUUGGUCUGCUGCUGUCCCACAACCAACUAUGAUCCUCCAGGUUGCUGCGCUCAGUGUCCUCUUCUGCUCCAUCCACAGUUUUACUAUACCGUCCUCUUUUGAAAAGAGUGAUGAGUACUCUGGCAACACCAUUGAGGAGGAGGAAUUUAGUGUCUCCACGCUGUUAGAGAAGGCCAAUGCUAAUGUUGGAAAGAACUUAGAUGAGCCUCUAGUGAUGUUUGGAGACAUAGCAAUGCCAACCGGUCUACAGAACGCUGAUCCCUGCACAGCACGAGGCUGCCUGUGGCCUAAAGCCACCGACGGCAACGUAUAUGUGCCUUUCGAAAUCUCCAGGCAGUUCUCCCAAAGAGAGCGCGAGACCAUCAUCCAAGGUCUGCAGUCAUUUGCAGAGUCCACCUGCAUCCGCUUCACCAGACGGAGUCGUCAGAGGGACUUUGUGGACAUCCAGUCUCGCUCAGGGUGUUACUCCUUUGUGGGGCGUCGCGGUAGUGGUCAGGUGGUGUCUUUGAGUCGCCAGGGCUGUGUUUUCCCUCAGAUCAUCCAACACGAGCUGCUCCACGCCCUGGGCUUCAACCAUGAACAGACGCGGUCCGACAGAGACGAGCACGUUCGCAUCUUGCUGCAGAACGUCAUUCCUGGAAUGGAGCACAAUUUCAGGAUAAUCCAAACAAGGAACCUUGGCACUCCCUAUGACUACAACUCCGUCAUGCACUAUGGAAGGUUCGCCUUCUCCAGUAACAGGCAGCCAACCAUCAUUCCAAUCCCCGACGGGAACGUAGCCAUUGGCAGGGCCACCCAGAUGAGUCCUAUUGACAUCCUUCGGGUGAACCGCCUUUAUGGCUGCAAUUCCACUGCUCCCAGACCUGACCUGGAACCUGUGCAAAGGGACCAUUUCCUCUAGAAAUUAAAGAACAGGAAAUCAGGAGGAGAUUUGGCAGACUGAUGCAACUUCUUAAUCUCCAAGCCAAACCAGAAAUGCAUCUUGUGCUAAUGAAUGUGCUUUUAUGAAAUCCCAAAUUUGAUUGAAUGGCCUUUUCUGCUGUCCCGAUGAGAAUUAAAAAGUGUAGAGUGACAUCAUCACAAAUGUACACUUAUAUAACUGCUUGUGAGCUUGACUGAAUACUCAUAAUGAAUAAAAUGCAUAUUAACAUA